GCCGCCUCAACGACCAGCUGAACUGAACGGCCGCCUGGAAGCCGAGCGGCCUGCUUCGCUUCGCUACACUGCUGCUGCUGCUCUGUUCCGCUCCUACGCCUCCCUGCUUCUUUAUGGUAUCAUUCGGCGCGAGAUCGAUUCCAACGAAACGUAUCAAGUGGCGCAGCAUAUAUCUUUCUUUCUCCACUGAAUUGCAUGCUGCGAGGGAGUUGUGUGUUAUGCAAUGCAAGGAUUUUAUUCAUUUGAUGGAUGAGUAAACGGGGAAGACGAAGACGGCGACUGCAACGGCAUUAACAACAACAUGGCUUCGCCUUUGGGAGCUGCUCCGGUUCCUUUCAGGAUUUCAGGGUCGCCAGACGAUGCAGCACGAUGGAUUCAAGCGACACUGACAAACUCACCUGAAGAAGCUGCCACAGCUGCUGAGAUUAUGCGGACGGAGAAAAUAGAUUGUGAAGUUCUACUUGAGGAGGAUUUCUCGAAUCUGUGCAGAAUACUGAAAUUGAGGAGCUUUGGAGCGCAGCGCAAGCUGCGUCUGGCAUUCCAAAAACUAUUUCCUGGUGGCAACUAUGGAGGGGGGCCUUCAAGGUUUAGCAGCGGGACUCAAGAUGGGAAUGGGCAAGAGCUCAGGAAUAGUCAAGAUGAGCAUGGAAGAUCAACGGACGAGAGGGUUGAACAGCCUCCACAGGGGGGGAGUGGGUCUUCGCAGAGGAAUGGUUGGCCUUUCCGGUCCUCGCUGGAGGGUGGCCUUAGCCCAAGGGAAGAUUACCAAGUGGCGAGCACGCCUGGUGCUUUUGGUGGGCAUGGGACUAAUCCUACGGUUACUCUGGGGCCAGGGGUUCCAAGAUGGGGAUCGGGGGAUGGGCACUGCUGGUGGCAGAAGAACGACGUUGGAAGCGGCAAGAAGUCAGGGAGGCAGGCUGGCAGGGAAUCUAUGGUGGAAAACUGCACACCGGCAUCCCAACCAUUCAGCUGUUUGAUUGACAGCUCGUUCAAGGGAACGGGUUCCGAGCGGAAGUGCUCGGGUGCUUCUGUGUCGGGUAUGGCAGAUCUUGGUGGAAAGUGUGUUGGCGAUAAGGAUAGCGGGUUAAUGGCGAAAGGGCGCAACCUAACUAAUCUUGACAGGGGUGGUGGAGAUGGAGGAGAUGAUAAGAUGCGAAGAAUUGCAGCAGGCGGUGCUGGCGAGUUUGCCGGUGCCAGCUUGGCAGGUGGCGAGAUUGGGACUGGAAGUAAGGGUGGGAGCGAUGGGACCAGGCAGCUGCAGCAGGGUGGCAGGAAAGAUGCGUUGGAUCAGGGUUCCGGAGGGGGAGGGCAGACUCAUGGGUGGGCUUCACCAGAUUUUGGCAGAAUGGAACCUAAGAUGGGGCCAAGGACCCCAACCGAUUCUUUUUGUCUUUCGGAGCCCGCCAAUGUCAGCUCAGGAGAUGAGAGUGACUCUGUGGUAGCGGGUGACAUGGAAGCAGACUCAGAACUGGAGAAUCAAAUGGUCAAGGAGCGUGAUCACAUGGAGGACAUAGUCAGCAGAUGUUCAGACCAACUGAGGGAGUUUGAAGAUCUGCUGAAGCAGGAGUCUGAUAACCUCGCAUCUACAAUUCGAACUGAAGGAUGGUUGAAGAUGUGUGAAGACCUUGAAAAGCAAUUAAGAAUUCCAUCUACUACAAUUGGUGUGGUUGGUAUCAGCGGAGCAGUAUUGGCUUACUAUUUGUUGACACGUUAUUGUAUUGGUCGCAUCAGGGAGGAGUGGAGGCGGGAGGUUGAACUCGGACUGGACGAGGUGAAAGGCGAUGCAAUGAGUGAGGAUAUGGAUGAGGGCAAGAACCACGCAGAAUCCGAAAGGCUCUCUGCGGCUAAGCUGAUAGCUGUUUAUGGGAAAGAGGCGCUAAGAAGGAAAGGCGUGGUGGCAGAUGAUCUCAUGAAGGUCAACCAGAUCAGUCAAGUGCUCGACACAACGUUAAAAGUGUGUGCGCCGAGCUCAAAGGAAUUGCUAGACAACCUGAGGAAGUACAUGUCCUCGUGCCGUGCAUCUGAAUCUGAUGGAGGGGAGUUCUGGCCGCUGGUGAGAAAGGUUCAUGUGAGAUAUCGGUGGCCAGCAUUAGCAUGUGGGGCGAAGCUUGUGGAUCUGCCUGGCACAAGGGACUCCAAUGCGGCUCGUAACCAGGUUGCUGAGACAUACCUCAAGAAAUGCAAUGUCAUCUGGGUGGUAGCAGAAAUGAAGCGUGCAAUGAGCGAUGCCGAGUCGAGCCAGCUUCUUGGAGACAAUUUCCGGCGGCAGGUGUUGAUGGAUGGAAGUUACAACAAGAUCGCAUUCAUCUGUACAAUGAUCGACAACAUGCGAAAUGAUGAAGAGUGCGAGGGUGAUAUCUCCCUACGUGUAAUCUGUCAGGCGGCUGGAAUUUCAAAGGAGGAGUUUCAAAGUGUCAAGGCUAAGCGAGUUGAGUUGCAGAAGGAGAAGACAGCACUUGAAAAGCAGCUACAGGCACUUCCAUGCCCAAGGGCAAAGAUUCAGAGAGAGAUUAAGAAGAUUCUCCGAGAGAUGCAGAACGUCGGAAUGCCAAUAGCAGUGGACAAUUCUGAAGGAGAUCAAGCAGUUGUGACUGGGCGAAUGCACGCCUGUUGUGAUGGACGCAAAUCGCAUGACGAGGUGGUUGUUGGGUCAAUGACACCAACUUCACCAAGCAUGAAACCACUAGGUUUACCUAGCCUGAGAACACCGACAUCACCAACUGCCAAGGUUGGAGAGAAGCGGAAGUUAGAAAUUGUGGAGCCAUCACUGCCACUGGCGAGAUCGAUGUUGACGGGAACAAAAGGGAAAAAGAAAGGCAGUGGGCGAGGAAGAGGGAACGGCAAUAGUGCUGCUAUACAGGGAGGCCAAGGUCAUGACAGUCAAAGGGAUGCCUUGCUGAAGAGGCUCCAAGAACUAAGAAAGCAAGCCGAGGAACAGAAAGUAGAAAGAGGCGCACAGACUUAUGAUCAUCAUCGUAAGCAGAUUCUUUCAAAAAUUAAUUUUAUCCAAGCCCGCAUUGACAGACAGUCCAGGAAAAUCAAGCUGUGGUGUAUCAUUGGGAGAAAUGCGCGCGCUAAAUCCACCAUCAAGCAAAGUUUUGUGGAUAAUUUGGGUGGGCCUGAUGGUCCACAUCGGCACAAGGACUCCCUGGAUGUUCCUGUCUUUUGUGUUUCUGCUGCAGAAGCGCUUGCUCUGUCUCGGAAGAUUGGCAGCGGGCAGAGCCCUUCAAUGUUCAAGAAUAUACAAUCUACAGGAAUCCCAGAGGUUCGAGAAUAUGUCCACAGGACGGCAAGCGAGCAGCUCCGUGAUAUUCCUAAAGCAGCAGUUGCCAGACUGUCGCAGUUCUUUGAAGGCGUGUGUGCAUACCUGUGUGAUGCGGGAUCAAAUGAUAAUGCUCUGUGUGAAAGAGUGCAGCUACUUUACAAGAAGCACGAGGAAGAGAUGCAGCUAGAGAUAACGAGAGUCAUCGAGGAAACACAUCAGAAAAUUGAUGCUCUCUUUGAAACACAGAUCGAGAAAGAGCUUCAGAAUGGUGUCAGAGCUGCCGAAGCUGAUGCGCUUGAGGUUGCUCAAGGCUGGCAUAAGAGGUUGCUGUGCAUUACAUACAAAGCAGCAUGCAAGCCAGGGAGGGAUGGUGUGUUCAUUGGAUCAAAUAGAGUUGGUCCGAUUGACUUCAAUGAGGACUUGGCAAAACCUAUAUUGGACAAUCUGACAAUUCCGUGGGACCAGGUCAUGAAUGACGCUAUGUUCACCCUUCUCGCAGAGACGAGGAAGCAGCUGCUUGACAUCCUUGGGAUGUUCUUUCAGGAUGCCAAGGAAGCUCUAUGUGAGGAGGGCAUAUCAGACCAUCGAAUUUCUCGCGUUGAAGACCAGGCCAGGACAGCUCUAGAGAACCUCAUCAGAUGCCACAUGGACGAGACGCUGCAGUACAUUCGAGCUGAGCAGAAAGACAUCUCACGAGAACUCGUGCCUGAGGUGCAGUCAAGGAUGAAACCGGUGUAUGAAAAGGUUGUAAAGGAAGCAGGCAAAGACAGCUACAAACGGAUGAAGCAGAUUAUGUCCAAUUUCAUAAGCCAAGAAAAAGGAAAUCUGUUUCAAAAGGCUGCUGAAGUGAUGCUGAAGAAACUGAAGCACUUAGUAAGCGAAGUAAAGGUCGACCUGGAUCGGCUUCAAGACUCCAUCCCCACUGCUCUCGCAGGACACUAUGGAUGCUUCUUCGAUCGGCCAGUUACAAGCUUCGAUAAGCGGAAGCGAGACAAAGCAAUCAUGCGAGUCCGGGCAAUUGCAGAGAGCAUUUCACAGAUAUGCACAGACGCAGAUGUGAAGGUGGACUUCAGGGGUAAAAGCCUAGAUUUUCCCGCCUCACGGAAAAUGUCAGGGUGCACCUCUGGUGGUGACCUUACCAAAAAACAAUCAGGAAGAAAUCCUUCUGCAGGUCCGCUGUCGGGAAGGAAUGAGAUUCCCAGUAAUGCUAAAGGUUUCCCAGCUAGUGAGGGACUGCACACGAAGAGAACAGUGUCUGAUCUGGGGAAAGAAUUACUGGAAGCUGUCAUGGCCGAUACAAAUCGACGCAGCGCAGCGCGUCCUGGAGGCUCAAGUAGAAGUGUGAGCGUCAUUGCAGCACGAGCUGCAGAUUGGCCGUCACCAUCAUUCAACCGCAGUCGUGCAGUUGCAAAAGUCCGAUCCAGUUGUGGGCUGGGUGGCAUCGACACAACCAAGCGCACAGAGUCCAAACAAAAGCGCGCGCAGAGCAGUGUCCAGCAUACAUUGCACAAGGCCGAAGAGAUGCGUCGGCCAAUGGACCCUCCUAGGGGUUUGAGUUUGUCUAAUAUGAAGAGCCGAAGAGGCGAGGAAGAGAGACAGCCAAUGAAGUCCCCAGCGCCCAGGAAGGGAGAUGAGUCAAACGCUCCCUUGAGCCGCAAGCAGCAGCGGAAUGUCCCAGCACGCAUCAUGACUCACUCCCAUAGGAGGGACCUUCCUGGGCCUUCCAAAGAACCUCAGAGGGGCGGCACGAUUCUCGAAGCAACACCACCACUGCGUCCCAGCCAAGCCGUCCCUUCUCCCAAACCUUCAGAUAAGGAGAAGAGGCCGCGGAAGGAGAAGAGAGAGAAGAGAGAGAAGAAACAGCCUGUUUCGCAGCAACCACCUCCACCUCCAUCCAAGAAGCGGAAGCUUGCAAAGGAAGACAACCCUUCACCCAUUGUCCUGUCACAGAGGCGGGACAAUCCUGCUCCGGAAGCUGUGGGGCCAAAGGCGAAAGCUGGACACAAGAAGAGGUUGAUUCCUAACAUAGCGCCUGUCGCAGGAAGCAAAAUGCAGAUACAGAAUCGUGUCAUUAAGAAGUUUGCUCACGGAAAGCGCCACAAACAUAACGAUGAAGGGCAGGAGCUGUGCCUUCGCACUCCUUCCAAACCUGUGCUGAAGACGGUUACCACCUAUUUUGGGACAACACUGAGUGGCAAAAGACAACCAAGCAGUGACAGAGAGGAUGAUGAUGAUGAUGAUGAUGACGAUGACACAAGCAGUGAUGAUAGUGACAAGAGCACAAGUUCGGGCACUGGCAAAGAUCAACCUGCAAAGAAUGGCAAGGAAAAGGACGAGGAAGAAAAUGAGGAGGAGGCGGAGGAGGAGGAGGAGGAAGAGAAGGAAGAAGAAGCCAACAGACGAAAGCGUGCAAAGCGGGGUAGCAAUCAAGACAAGGUUGCCACAAAGGCUUUGAAAGGAAAGAACCCAGUGAAAGGAGCCGACAAAAAACUGCGGCAAUCAAGACGAAAGAAACAGCGCCCAGCAGUUGUAGAGAAGAUAACCAGUGAUGAAUCGGAAGCGGAGAGCGACAGUGAGGAUGGCAGCGAUGACCCAAGCUCAGCAAAAGCCUCAGGUUCUGACGCUCCCAAGAAAGCAGGCAGUGACGUGAACAGUGCUGGAAGUGGCGAUGACGAAGAUGAGGAACCUGAAAGUGAUGAAAGCCCAAAGGUGAAAAAAGCAAAGAGAGCACCGAAGAAGAGGCAGCAGCGUAAAAGUAAAAAAGGGAGGCGAGCGCAUGUCAAAGCAUGUAAGAUGGGAGAUGACGAUGUCAGAGAUGUUGAACCGGGAUCCGAGGAGAGUGAAAAAGAAAGCAGUGGCGAGAACUCGUGCGACAGUGUUCGUAAACGGGAACCCGGCGAAGACGAAGUAGACGAGGACGAAAGCGAAGAAGACGAUGACGAAGAGGACGAUUCAUCCUCGUCUUCUUCUUCUGAGACUGAAGACGAUAGUGAAGACGAAGAGGGCGAAGAGGUGAACAUGCGAAGCCGAGGCAGAAGUAUGUUCUUCUGAGAAAAUGUUUUGCAGUGGAGUGAGGCCCAUAGUCUAUCGCACCAUGUCAAGGCGGUACAAGUAGUUACGGUGUCUAAAGGGCUCUAAGCUAGAAGCUAACUACCAGAGAUAGGCAGAAGGGUUGAUGGUUGCGCAUCGUGUGACAAUUUUACGUAAAGAUGUAUUCUCUGACGCUUUCUUGACCCAGUACAUUGAAAAUGUUGUACUUUGUCCGAACUCACGUGGUCCAGAAGGCGUCCAAAUGCGUGUAGACUGCUGUGUAGUGGAGCGAAGGCCUACGUCGUCCCCUUCACAGCUACAGGUAAAAGAACCUUAUGCUGAAAGCCACAAGCUGGACAGGAAGCGCUCACCUCGCACCAUCAUUCUUCGCUUUGUGCCCACUGAAGCAUCAACACCCGCUGUAGCUAUUGAUAUUGAGCAUGGCAAAGGAUUGUGUACCUGGACGAGCAACAAACCCGGUGCGCCCUGAUAUGCCUGGAUGUGGUGGAUGAAAAGACCGGAGCCUUGUACAUCUUUCACCAUUGUGAUUUAUACCAGUAGCCACGUUGAACAUGUUAUGUACAAGGCAGUGUUCGCGAAACUUCGGUUCUCAGGUUAUGGGUUUAGGUGGAACCACCAGUACCUGCGGGCGACAGCAGCAUUUGUUUGCCUCCCGGUUCUCUAGGAGGAUGCAGCUUUGCUCUGUUGUCGUUGGAUAAACAAUCCGACGGACAUUUUUCUUUCAGCGGUGCAUUUCCGGUGCAGCCUUACUUGUGCCUUGGGGUAUCAAGGAGAAGUGUGUGCUCCCCGGUACUGCUGGUUUAAACUGCGAGCAAGUUCAGUUGAAGCAGAGUACUGCUCUUGCGGGUUUACCCCAGUGUAAGAGCAUUUCGAUUCAUGCCUGGGCGAUAGCGAAAGCGGCGGCAGACCAUUCUACCAUUCUGAAAAUGCGCAGUUGCAGGCUCGCAAGCAUUGCAAGGUAGCGUCAUCAACUUACGCUCGUGUGAACUGGUGGUUUAAGCCUGAGAGUUCGCGGGAGACUGAUGAGCUUCUGGGGUACUGUCACAGCUCUGUGUACAGAGAGUCCUUGCUUGUCUCUAUGGUGGAACACAAAGCGAUCGAGGGUUUGUAUCCAAACGCUGUAAAAUUAAUAAUAGUUCUGCAGCAGCAAAGGCUUAUGGAAGUCAAUGCUCUCAUCUUCUUUGAAGCAUGAGAAUCUGAUUAGAUGUGUUGAAUAACGUACAAUGCGAAGUUCGAUCGCGUUAGUUCGGUGAUGACUUCUUUUCCCUUUUUUGCAUUUGACUUUGCAGUGCUGUUGAGUUUGAUGAGGAGCAGAUAUGAAUAGCAGAGCAGGUUUUUUUUUUUUUUUUUUUUUUUUUUUUGCGCAGGCAACAACCCUCGUUGCCAUAGGAUUGUGCGGUGGAUGUUUGUCAUGCCAGGGUCUGCUGAACUUUGCCCAGGCAGGAAGUAGGAAAGACGUCUUUCCAAGUGUUUUGUACUAUUUCAUAUUUAUUUUACUAUUUAAUAUUUUAUUAUUUUAUAGUAUGUGUGCUUUAGGACAAUUUUUUUGGGGGGAAGGGAAGGGGUAGUAUUUCCAAGUGUUUUGGGAGAUGGUCCUUUGCUGGCCUCACGAGUCAGGGAGAGAGUUGUCGUUUUGGCAGUUCGGAUUGCAGGCGUUUGAAUCGCCCGACUGUCAGUCUGGAACCCUGUCCAAGCAGAAGACAGGGUGGGCGUUUCAGUCUUUUUGUGGAAGGUAGAUUGCAGUGUGAUGUUUUGUUCUGACGAAAAGCGGGGAAAGUGAUGCUGCACGUCAUCGACUCAUCGCAUUUUGAGAAAAAAAGCAAUCGAUCACAACAGCUCGGAGAUCGUCAGUGAAAUUUUGUGAAGACCCUUCAAAGGCGUGAUACUCGACAUGACAGCAUUUCCAGAUGCCCAGGGAUUUCAAAAUCCUCAGGACACAAGGCUAUGCACCCAUGCGGAUUUCCUGGAGAGGAAGUAGGAGGAACAGAAUGGAAUUGGCUAUGAGUCGGUUGAGAUGGUGGCUAACAGCUUGUUAGUUGUUGACAGACGAUAGGUGAUUGUUGAUAUCUUGUUCUCCAUACAUUUUCCCUCAGAAGUUUGUGUGCUCAGCAAAAUGCAUAGUAUUACGUACUUUUCUCUCAAAGGUAGAAAAUGUACGUUUGUUUUUGCAAUUCAAGAUUCUAGAUUGUCUUCAGCUGGCAACUGGUGAGCCUUGAAGGAUUAUCAUCACAGCCAUCAUCAAAAUCAGCAGCAUCAUUACCACCAUGGCCUUGUCUUCCCUCCUUUCUGUUCGACUCCUCUCCUCCUCCUCCUCCUCCUCCGCCGCCGCCGCCGCCGCUGCCGACGCCGACGCCACCGUCGCUGUCGCCUCCUCAUCCUUCUUCUUCUUCUUCUUCUUCUUCUUCUUCUUCUUCUUCUUCUUCUUCUUCUUCUUCUUCUCAGUUGGUUGGAUCGUAUGCUGGUGCUGCAAGUCAGGAUCUGGGAAGAAGGGCUCUGAAGGGUGUCAGGUGCGCAGCCUGGCCAAAACGCGCCGGGCAAUGUGCGUGAGAUGAGUGCAUGCGGAUUUGUUUGCUCAUCUAUGGAUGCAUGUGCGAAAGACAGUGUUCGGUGGCCUCUGUUUAUUGCUAUUCUUCUUUCUUCUCCUUGAGCAUUUGUAUGUCGAUGCUCAAUUCUCUGCCGUCGUGGUGCCUUUCAGCCCCAUGUGGAUACAAUUUCCAUGUGAACAUGGAAAACCAAGCGAGAAGGUAUUUCUGUCACAAUAGCCGUAUGGGAAGCAUGAAUCAGGGAAGGUUUCACCACACAGCCAUGGGUGGUGGAAGUCAUCUGUUGCCAAAGAAUCAGCCUUGUCAUGGCAGGUGCCAUCAGGAAGCAGAAGGAAAGCUCCGGGCUGUUUGUUAGCUCUGAGAGUGCGAUGCUCUUGUGCUCCAAACGCUUGGUGGGAUGAUUGAACGAUAAAAACAGAAAGAUAGACAGACUGACGGACUGAAAGACUAUAUAAUACCUGCAAAUGCAGAGAAGGCAGGAAUAGAGACAAACCGCCGGACGGACAGAAUGUAUGGUACCUGCAAAUGCAGGAAGGGAGGAAUAUCGACAGUCGACGAGGGAAAAAGAAAGGAAAGCCAUGGCUGCUGUAGUUGAGGCCAGAGCAGCAAGUUAUCGAAAUCAAAGAAUGACACGCCAACUCGGACAGUUGUGAUUUUUUGUAAAUAAUGAAUAUAGGAGUGUAUAUUUAAUAUUUAUGCAUGAUGCAGUAAUCAAUGUUGAUGUGCACC